AGAAGGAUUUGGUGCUGAAGAAUAAGCAUUUUUCUCCAUAAACUAAUUGCAAUUUUAUGUGGGAUCGGGUGUCAUAAUAAAAAAUUCCUUGGCCACCAGUUUCUUUCUACUUGCUUCUCAUGUCCUACCAAUAAUAUUUAUCAUUUGGUAUUUGGUAUUUCCUACCUUCUGUAAACAUAGUGCCCCAAAAACACUAACAGCACUUUGAUAAACCCUUCCCAAUCCCUUUCCAGGGCCCAUUUCUAGGUAAUCUGAUCCUCUCUAUUUGAACUGCAAGCAAAGAGUUUCCAACUAUUUCUGCUAGAUAUUACAGUAAUCAGUGGGCCCUGGGAAGCCCCAAAUAAUUGUCCUCGUAUAUAACCACAUGUUAGAUCUCUAAUCCUGUUUGCUUUUCCAUGUAACGUAGUGAUACUGAUCUGAUGGAGAAAGAAUUUAACUGCUUCAUGGACUCUUUGUGGUUUUGAAAGCCACAAAUUUUGCACUCAGGCUUUGGUGUAGUAUGAAAGCCCACUCUUUUCCUUACUUUAAUCACCAAAGAAGAUGCUUUUUAUUGGUGUCUUUAUCUAGCUGGACAGAGAUAACCUUAAGUACUCUCUUUAGUUGAAAGCUGAUCAACAAGAACCUAAACAGAGAAAGCAUAAGCCCUGACUUUCUAUGUAUAUAAGCAGCAAGUGAAGCUUCAGCCUUCAAUACCCUCAACCGCCAACCUCGCAUAGCAAGCCAAGUCUCAAGGAAAUUGAAGCAAACAAGCAAAGGAUUUAUAUUUUUAUUCAGCAAAUUGAGAGAUGAAUUCUCUUCUUUCAGUAACGUUUGUGGUUCGAUUCACCGAAGAAAGAACAUGGAGCAAAGAAGUUAAAAGCCUGUAUGCCUAAGUUCAUCAAAGAGGCUUAAAGAAAACAUCCAAAAUUCAAAAAGGGUAGUAGAAUUUUCACUUCUUCUAUAGGCUUUUUGUGCUUUCGAAUUGGUGAUACAGCUAAAAUAGCAAUGGUGACUCUUCAUCACCGCCCACACCGCCUUCUCCUUGAUACACAAUCAAGCGCACCGCCAACAGAUGGAAACAGAACGCGCAGUUCUUUCACCAAUGAAGCCAAUUUUGACACCAACAUGGUGAUCAUCUUAGCAGCUUUGCUUUGUGCACUGAUAUGUGCUCUAGGACUAAAUUCUAUAGUGCGUUGUGCUUUGCGUUGUGGCAGAAGGUUUGCUUUUGAGACCCCAGAUGAGACUGCUGCACGUCUAGCUGCAACAGGCCUGAAGAAGAGCGCUUUGCGCCAGAUUCCAGUGGCCAUAUAUGGUUCAGGUUCAAAUAUGAAGGCUACAGAUUGUCCAAUUUGCCUUGGUGACUUUACGGAUGGUGAAAAAGUCAGGGUGUUGCCAAAAUGUAACCAUGGUUUUCAUGUGAGGUGUAUAGAUACAUGGCUGCAGUCCCACUCAUCCUGUCCAACUUGCAGGCAAUCAUUGCUAGAGCAGGCAACUAGUUCUGAUGCUGCACCAGAUGUAGAGGCUGGAAUCCGGCCACAUGGGAAUCCAUCAGGAGGACAAGUUGAUGUUCCAGUUGCUGCAGAUGAGGUUGGUUGAUCCUGGUUUUAAAAUCGUUAUUCACCAGAUGAGAAAGGGGGCAUAGAGUAGCUUUUUUAAUGUUAUUUGACAAUUUUUUCGAGUUAGUUUUGUUUGUGUAUAUGCAUAGAGAGAAAUAUUGGUUGCUAAUGAACUGCUAAAGAAAAAAAUUAGUAUGAAACUUUCUGAUGCUUUGCUGUUUCUAUACAUGCUUUGCGGUGGGAGAUUGCAAAUGUCUCUGGAUUAGAGGCUUAUUGCUUUUUCUAUGAUGACAGGCAAAAUGUAUACCAAUUCAUGUCCAAUUGUUUGUGAUUGAUCAACUAUGGUUACAGAUGGCGAGACGUUACAAAAAGGAAACCAUCUCUUGGGUUUAGAUUCCUUUACUUGAGUUAUAGUCAUUGCAAAGCAUCUAUGCACUUUGAAAGCAAGUCCUUCUUGUCUACAAUGGCUCUUAGCCUGAACCCACAUGACAUUUGAGUUGUAGUCAUGCUGAUGCAAUAUAAUUAUAAUUUUGCAAUUAGCAAUAGUUUCAGUCAUUUUCAUUUACCAUUGCUAGAUAUAAUUAUAAUUACAGGCUUCAUCUGUAAUUUUCUAUCUUUUAGUUAGUUUUGCCUCAACCCUUGAUUUUCUUACACUUUUCCCAAUUUAACACUUUUUACAUAAUCUCCAGCUAGAGUAUUUAAAUACUAGUAGUAAAUAG